ACUGUGCAUAUUUUGCGUGGAAAAAGACUCUCACCCAAUCCCCAAACAAUUCUUUUCGUUUUAACUGUUGAACUGUCCAAGAUUGUAAUCAGUUCCAGUUCUUCAAGUGGAGAACUGCCUUCCAUUGGCAGGUUUGCACACCAAGGAAAAUCGUAUCCCGUUGCCAUGGCAACACUUGUUUGAAGCAGCUCGCAAUUACGUUUCCAGAUAUCUGCAAACGAGAUUACGAACCAUGUCGCCUAAAAAGAAGAGCUCGGGUAAAAAGUCAACCAAGGUCAAGUCUGCUGCACUCAUAGAUGGACUCACGAAGGACGAGCUGUCCAAGGAGCAGAUGAUAGAGCACAUUGUCAUCCUGCGAGAGCAGCUGGACAGAGAACGGGAAGAGAGGAACUACUUCCAGCUGGAGCGAGAUAAGAUCCACUCCUUUUGGGAUGUGACCAAAAAGCAACUGAAGGAGGCCGUGGCCCAACUCAGAAAUGAAGAAAAGAAGAUUGAGGAGGAUGAGGAACGCCACCUUGUAGAGAUUAAAGUGUACAAGCAGAAAAUGAAGCACCUGUUGUGUGAGCACCACAACAACAUCUCUGAGCUGGAAUCAGACCGUGUCACGACUGCUGAGGUGAGAGAGAAAGAACAAGCCCAGCUGGAGAGGGAGCUUCAUAAGAGGACGGCAGCCAUCAGGAACGACAUACACCAGCUCGACAUUGAAAAUCUUGUCAGUGAGCUGGAGAAGGGACAUAAAGAAGAAGUGGCCAAAACAAAGAAGAAGUGGGAGGAUCAACUGUCAGGGACAGAGGCCCACUACAAUGAAAAGCUGGAGCUGUUGCAACAGGAGCUGGUCAACAUGAGGAAAAUGGAAGUUCUCAAACAAGAGGAUCAGUGGAACAGUCACAUCAACGCUCUGACCAGAGACCACGAUCAAAUAUUUGGUGACAUGCUCACUCUCCUCAAUCAAACCAUGGAACGAGAUUUGUAUCACAAUGAUUCAAUGAAGAAACAAAUAGAAGCCCUAAAGAUGAAACAAAAAGAAAAGGAGAAGAACCUGACUUGCCUUCUACCAGAAAACAAGCGUCUCAGUAAGCUCCUCCUUGACGUACAGGACAAAGCUGCUGAAAUUGAGAGAAAGAUGAAGAACCCGAUCCGGAAAGAGGACACUAAAGAAAAGAGAAAAGAAAAGGAGCUCAGUGAUCAGAAACAAAAAUUAGAGCAACUAAAGCAGAAAUUCAGCGAGCUUCAGCGGGAACGAGACGAGCUGCGCAUGACCCUCACUCAGGACGUUGAGGGUGUUCAGAGGGAAGAGGAUGAGAAGAAUGCAAAGAUGGAAGCGAAAGUGAGGGACAUGAUGGACAGCUUGGCAGUGACGGAGGCCAAGCUCUCCGCUGUGCUCUUGGUCUCUAAUGUGGACCAAACUGCACUCAAAAGCAGCACAGACAGUGCCGAGGAUAUGAUAGACUCCAGCAAUCAAUCCAUGAAGGAUUUACAAUACAACAUCUCUCGGGCUUCCAAGGCCCGUCAGGAUUUAUUCCUGAGGGAUGAGGCAAAGCAAAGAGCUGUUGGUGUCUCUGUGGAGGAACCUUGUGUGACAUAUUCCACAUUUAGGAAUAAAUACUGGGUGUAUGAUGAACUUUAGAUCAAAUGACUGAAUCUGUGAUAGGUGAUCCCACUUAGUCUGGUUUUGCUUGACUUGAUGAAUCGAACUAAAUUGAAUACUAUUAAACUAUCAGGUGUACCCUUUGUGCACUUGGAAGAGAAAAGGCAGGAGGGGGCAUGGAAUUGUGCAAAAUGUCUCUGUGAUAUGAAAUAAUAAGGAUUCAGGGCAAUGGUCUACAAAUUGGUGUUUCUCAGCUUUUAUUCAAGCAGGUGCAUAUUUUACAUUAAUUUACAUUAUUACAAAUCUCACAACACACUCCCAACCAAAAAUGUGACAAAAAUUAUAUAUGUAGUAAAUUAUAGAAUUGUACUUUCAGAUAGAAGUGAACUGACUUAUGAGUUUUUUUUUUUUUCUUUUGCGAUACAAGUGAUCGCCGGGCUUGGAAGUUUUUUACAUUUAUUUUAUUUUUUGCUUUGAUUUAUAAGGACAAACUUGAUAUACUAUCGGUUAUUGUUGGCAGUGACUCAGUCUACUUCUCAAUAAGUAGCAAGUUCGGCAGAUAGUAUUCGUAAACAAUUCUUGAAAAAAACGGUUCAAUCUGUUGAUUGCCACUCCCAGUUGAAGUUUACUGUCAAACCAAACAUAAAACAAAGAGAAUUACAAUUGGUGUUUUUAAAACAAUUGGUGCCUUAGGAAUUCCCCGGCCAGCUUAAUGUUAACACAUAAUGACAGACUCGAUAGACUUUCUAAUGGGUUACAUCUAUGUAGCGCUGUUAUAACCCUCGAAACAACGGGCAUUUGAACACAAAAAGUGGAGCAACACAUGUAGAUCAUCGUCUGUGAAGAAUUAAUAUUCGCGGCAUGCUGAGGAGCUGUAGACUGUCUUCACGUACAAUCUGUCUGUUUGUACUGCCUCUAGGCUUUACACGGACCGCUGAAAAAUGAUGCAGUAUGACAAAACCUAUUUAAUUGUGUCAUUACUUUAUGUUUUUCUAAGGUACAAUAUGAUAGAGUACUAUUUUGUCAUUAAUUUUUUUUUUUAGGCGGGGGGUCGGUAACGGAUUAAUGGUGUUUCAAUUCAUUUCAAUGGGGAAAAGAGGAUUUGAGAGGUUUUGUGUUGAGCGUGGUCACGGAAUGAACUAAACUAAUAUCUUAAGGCACCGCUGUACUGAAAUAACAAACAGCAUAUUUUCAUUUCCUUACAAAAUGACACUGUGGAGUGUGAGCCUAUUCAGUGAAAUGCAAAGCUAUUAUUCUUUUGUGUGGCGAGCCACUGCUUAAUUGUACCGUCUAAGAUUAACCCCUGAUUGAUUCAUUCAUUGUUGAAGAAGUGUGCCUUUUUAUUUUUUCUGAAUAAAGUACAAAGAAGAAUGAUAAUGA